AUGAAUCGAGAUAAUAUUGACAAGGACGAUUCAGUGAAGCAUUCUCAACCAAUUCCGAUGGCUACACAUCACUGGAGACAUCGUUCGAUGUCCGUUUCCUCGGAAUCAUCCACUUUACCUGGCUCACCCCCGCAAGUGCAGACACCGUUGAGCCUAAACUCUCCACGCGUUCCAGUUGCUUCUCCAUCCAGUUCUCCUAUCCUUUCGUUCCUGUCUCAGUCCCCAACCUCAAAAUCUCCAUCUUCUGUGCCUUACCGCGGCUUUGGCGGUCAACCUUCCUAUGAUGAAGACGCCCUCGACGAACUUCCAGCAACUGUUCAUUCCCGUCGCGCUGGCACGACUGGGCGGUUUGCGCCCAUCCCACCUGCCCCUGAAGCCCAGCACGACCGUGGAGCUGGGUUGUUAAGGCGUCUAUCACUCGGAAGUGCACUUGCAAAGCCCCCCAACGUGGAUAAUACUCGUUCUCGAAGUCCCCCGAGCCCUACUGCUCCACCAAACUCCGCAGUCUCCCCUACCUUGACAACUUUACCUGCAUUUACUACUCGUAAGGCAAGGCGCUCAGCAACGGUGAGCAUUGACACUGGACGUCCACGUCGCGCGCCUUCUCCCAUGGGCGAGAGGAUCCUGAAGGGUCAUUUCGACGGCUUCAAUUAA